AUGUCGGAAGAAGUGAAGGGAAUUGGACACAAAUCAAUGGAAGGAGAUGGUAUCACAUCUGUGGGUGAAUUUUGCAUUCGGAUGGGGUUUUAUCGACCUGACAAGGUGAAGAGAUCUUCUUCAUCUCAUUCGUUCAAUAAUCACGAUGAAACCAAUUAUCAAAAUCAUCACAAUAAUUUUAAUAGCUCCGGACUGGAUGCCAACACUGUGAAUAAUAUCAGUAGCAAUGAUUUUAAUGAAUCGUCACAAAUCAACAUCCAUGAACACAAUAUUAACAAUGGAAAUAACAGCAGAUUUGAAAGCGAGGAAUUAUAUCAUGAUGAAAAUUCAUCACUGAUUUCAAAAAUUACUGGUAUACCCAUAAUUGAAAUGAAACAAGAAUACGGGUGGUGUGACGACAUGUUCGAUGAAAUGCACUACAAUCGAUUGGUGCGAUUACCAAUUCCUUCGAGUCAUGAAAAAUUGUGGAGAGACGAUGAUUUGUAUGACAUUGUAUUGGUAUUGGGCUACAAUGAUAAUCCAGUUAUUCUCGGAAAAGGAAGUGCAAUAUUUAUGCACAUCACGAAUGGAGGUCCCACAAGUGGUUGUAUUGCUCUUUCAAGAGAAGAUUUGUUUGAAAUUUUAACACAAAUCACUCCUUACACGACCAUCCACAUUUCCUUGUAA